ACUUCCGGCCACCUUUUAGCGAUUUCUCGCAUUUGAGAAGCAGUAGACGAUGUUUGACGGUUGAUUAUAGCCGAUAAAUGGACUUUAUUUCCAGUUCACCAUGACGAUGCGAGAGGUAACACCUUUACGAUCGAUAGUCACGGAGUUGCAUAAAAACACCUCUCAUAAUUUCUUACGGAUUUCUGAAAACUAAACAUUUGUGAUCAAGGUUCGGGGAACAGAGAAGAACAUGGGACAGUGUCUAGGACGAGUGGAUAGACAACAGCAUGCUCCUAGAGAUGUGGUGAAUUUGACAACUUUAUAUCCACAACAGAUCGGUGUUACUCCUCCAGUUCCCCCUAGAAUCCCUCUAACUAGCAUGCAGACGCAACAAGAAGGGAUAAAUUGUCCAGUAUUCAACUUACAGGAUCAGGAAUAUCCGCAGAGAGCCUUGGUAGCCGCCAUAGAUAUCGGGACAACAUUUUCCGGUUACGCCUUUUCGUUUCGUCAUGAGUAUCUUUCCGAACGCUUACGUAUCAAUACCAAUCUCUGGGCACACAAUAAUGGAAUGUCUAUAAAGGCACCGACUGCAAUCUUAUUAGAGCCAGGAGGAAAAAUAAAAGCAUUCGGAUACGAUGCUAUCAAGCUGUAUGGUGAUUUAGCGGAGUAUAACGAACACAUCAAUUACUAUUUCUUCAACAAAUUCAAAAUGAAUCUGUACCAACAAGGUGGCCUCACAACAGACUUUACGCUUCAUGAUAUCUCUGGAAAAACGAUGUUGGCCGUUGAUGUUUUUGCCAAAGUUAUUGGCUAUCUAAAACAGCACUUGUUAAACAGAGUAAAAGACAUGGACUCCAAAUUGCAAAUGUCGCCCAAUGACAUCCAAUGGGUGGUGACAGUUCCUGCAAUAUGGGACGAUAAAGCCAAAUUUUUCAUGAGAAAAGCCGCCGAAAAGGCUGGCAUUGAAGGCCGAAAUUUAACAUUAGCUCUGGAACCAGAAGCAGCGUCAUUAUUUUGCCGCUACAAUCCAACUUUUCAAAGCAAUGUCAAGGAGGACACUCACGUAUUUGAUGCUUUCAAACCAGGAACAAAAUAUAUGGUUGUUGACCUUGGUGGUGGUACAGUUGACAUCACAGUUCACUGCAUUCAUGAGGGAGGUGCUCUGGAGGAAUUGUAUCAACCUACAGGUGGUUACUGGGGUGGUACUACCGUGGACGAAGAGUUUUGUGCCCUACUUGUUGGACUUUUCAGUCAGGAAGUAUAUACUGAAUUUCAGCAGAAAUUUACAACUGAUGUGAUUGAACUAUUUCAGGAAUUUGACAUCAAGAAAAGAUUAUUUGAACCAGGACAAGAUUUACCCGUGUCAAUAAAAAUACCUGCCUCUUUGGUAGAAUUGUUCAGUAAACACACUGGACUAGGGAUCCAAGAGGUUUUAAACACCAACUCCAAUCAAGAAAUUAAGAUCAAACGAGACAAACUUCAGAUUUCUACUCGAGCUUUCCUCCACUUAUUUGAUAAGUCAAUUUCUAGUAUCAUAAGACACAUCCAGAGCUUGUUAGAAAUGAACACUAUGACCGGUGUAACUGCCCUGUUGUUAGUGGGAGGAUACGCGGAUAGCCAUGUUGUCAGAGACGCUGUGGUAUCUCACUUUCCAAAUCUGCAAAUUAUCCAUCCUCAAGAAGCCGCUUCCACAGUCCUCAAAGGGGCUGUGUUAUUCGGACACGAGCCCCGCGCCAUCACAGCGAGAGUCUGUAAGUACACUUACGGUAUUGCAAUGUCAUUGCCGUUUAAAGAAGGUGUUCAUGAUCCAAGCAAGAGACGGUUUAUUAAUGGAGAAGACAUUUGUGACGAUAUCUUCGACGUUCAUCUCAAUGUAGGUCAGCAAGUUUCUCUUACUGGGAAACGUACUGGAAAACCAUACAAUGUCCACUGUGGGCAGUCCCACUCUUUACUAGAAGUGUAUGCUUCUUCUGUGCCGUCUCCCAAAUACGUUACCGAAAACUGGUGUACAAGGUUAGGGUCUGUGGUUUUAGAACUACCCCCAGAUAUGAGAAGAGAUGAAAAAAUAUUUGUUGCUCUGUGUUAUGGUGGAACUGAACUAGGAGCCAUUGCAUGGAAUUCAAAAACUGGAACACAAACCCAAGCCUUCUUUGAUUUUCUUGGAUAGUAAUACUGACGAGUUGGAAUGAAAUACCCUGUACUUUAAAGCUUCCAAACAUUAAUUAUUACGUGCCAUUAGUUAACAUUUGAGUGAGAUCUGUUGUGAUGGACCAUUGACCUCAAGGAAAAUGUAAUCACUCAAAUUCUUUUAGUAUACUUAGUCAAUCGUGGAGUACAUUGUGGCUAAAUUUCUCUUUAUAUGUUUUAUGACUAUAUAAAUGGUUUACUCUACGUAGUUUUAACUGAAUAUUUUAUACGAGUUAGGUUUUGUUUAUAUUUGCUUAAAGCCUUAGUUGCUAAAAGGUUUUUUCAUCAUAUUCAUGUAAAUAGUUACAUGUAUAUCUAUUCAAGAUGUCUAUUAUGUAGGGAUAAUCAACACAUAUUCAUAAGUCAUGUUUAAUUGACUGUGUGCAGGAGAUGGAUUUAGUGUAUUUUUAGAUAAGUCUAACGAAGACAUAUAUGUAUCUAGUUGCAAGUAACCAAAGAAUUGUUACUGGUUGUCUUAAAGUGUCAUUAACAUGAUUGAGCUGAAAAUUUUAUUUUUCCAUUUUUAUUGUUUACAAUGCUUAACUAAGUAUUUCUAAUGGUCAACCAAAAUUUUAAUAUCAAUUUUUGAGUUACAAGUGAGAUAUAACACUCAUAAUUCUCUGUUAUGUAAACAAGGCUCGUGCCUUUUUUUUUUUUUUUAUACAUAUAGAUUGCUUAAAAGAAAAUAGCAUGUGUAAAACAAAAUGAUUUGUGCUGAACACUAGAAACUGUUUAAUUGUGUUCAGAAUUAACUUGUAAAUUGAAAAAUCUGCUUUAAACGAACUUUUACUAGCAUAAUUAACUAUUGUGUAGAAUGUUUUUAAAUUUGUUCAUUAUUUUUUUUUUUUUUUUUUUACACUUAUUACUAUGUAGAACUGUCAUAUCUUUUGCAAUAUGUAUUCUCUUUUAACAAUUAUUGUAUUGAUUGAAAUGUAAUUGUGAUAUAUGUAUGAUGAUGAAAAUUAGUAAAAUAUUUUUUUUAAAAGCACGUUGUCUGCUGAUCGCGGUUCCGAGUCCAGCAGGGGUUUUAAUUUUUUUUCCAGAUUUCUUUCUACUAAAACUGCAUUUUGUGACUAAAUAAAUUAAAUUUGAAAGCU